CUGCCGCUGGCCCGCUGCGGUGCCGGCGCCAGCGACCCUCCGCGGCCCCGUGGUCCUCCGCCGCCUGCCUCCAUGGACUCUUUCGCCCCACCGCUGCCGGGGCGGCCCCGCGCGCGCUUCGCUGGCACCUCCGGCCGUGGGGCGGCCUCCGUCAGCUGCAGCCGACUCCGACAGGUUCAGAGCAUCCUGACACAGAGCAGCAAGUCUCAGCCCGAUGGGAUUCUCUGCAUCCUAGGAAUUGACAGCAGGUACAACGAGGGUUGCAGAGAGCUGGCAAAUUACCUUCUGUUUGGUUUGUACAGUCAGAAUACCACUGAUUUUGAGAAAACAGGAUUUUCUGAAGAAAUUCUAGAUGAUGUGAUUAUAUUGAUUAAAUCAGAUAGUGUCCAUCUAUACUGUAAUCCUGUCAACUACCAAUACCUUUUGCCUUAUGUAGCACAUUGGAGAAACCUACAUUUCCACUGUAUGACCGAAAAUGAGUAUGAGGAUGAGGAAGCAGCAGAAGAAUUUAAGAUCUCCAGCUUUGUGGACAUGGUUCGAGACUGCAGUAGAAUUGGUAUUCCUUACAGUUCCCAAGGUCACUUACAGAUAUUUGAUAUGUUUGUGGUAGAGAAAUGGCCAAUUGUACAGGCCUUUGCCCUCGAAGGCAUUGGAGGAGAUGGAUUUUUUACCAUGAAGUACGAGUUGCAGGAUGUGAGUUUGAGUCUAUGGAAUGUCUACAGCAGGAUGGAUCCUAUGUCUCUGGAGAAUAUGCUUUCAGAAGACUUGGUGGUGUUUGAGCAUCAGUGGACAAGCUUCUUUGCUAACUUUGACACAGAAAUCCCUUUCCUGCUGGAACUUUCGGAAUCUCAGGCGGGUGAGCCAUUCAGAAGCUACUUCAAUCAUGGAAUGAUCUCCAGCCAUAUUACUGAAAACAGCCCUCACCGACAGCCGUUUGUUCUCUUUGGUAACCACUCUACGCGAGACAACCUGAGUGCUGGCAGCUUCAACUUCCCUUCUGAGGGGCACCUGGUGCGCAACACUGGUCCUGCAGGGAGCUUUGCCAAACACAUGGUCGCUCAGUGUGUCUCACCAAAGGGACCUCUGGCAUGUUCAAGGACGUACUUUUUUGGCGCUACUCAUGUUCCUUACUUGGGUAAUGAUGACAAGCUGCCCAGGACAACUGAACAAAUUAGGCUCUUAUCCCAGAUAUAUGCUGCUGUUAUUGAGGCUGUUUUGGCUGGCAUUGCAUGCUAUGCUAAAACUUGCAGUCUGGCAAAGGCCAAGGAGGUAGCAGAGCACACUCUGGAAUCUGGGCUAGUGUUCCCUGAGUUGGUUCCAUUCAAAGCCGAUCUACGCUCCAAGGUGGCUUUUCAUAUACAUGCUGUGACUAACCAGGGAAGAAUUGUGCCUCUGGAUAAUGAAGAUAGCUUAUCCUUUGUGAAAACGGCUUGUAUGACCGUCUAUGACAUUCCUGACCUGCUGGGAGGAGGAGGAGGAGGAUGUUUAGGAUCUGUGGUCUUCUCAGAGUCAUUUUUGACGUCUCAGAUCCUGGUUAGAGAAAAGGGUGGCACUGUUACCCCAGAAACCAGCUACAUCAUCCUGACAGAGGCCAUCCCCAGAUUCUCUUCCUGGUUGGUGGAAGAUAAUGAAAUAAAAUUAUCUGAGAAAGCCCUGCAAGCAACAAGGGGGGACGAGUGUUUCUUGGGCACUUUGCUAACAGGAGGAAAAGGAGCAUAUCUUUAUUCCAGCAGUCCACAGUCCGGGCCUGAGGAAGGGAAUGUGCAUUUCUUCUCUGGUGGCCUUCUGUUUUCUCACCGUCAUCAUGGAAGUAUCAUCAUUUCCAAGGAUCACAUGAAUUCUGUGUCCUUCUAUGAUGGGGACUCCACCAGUGUGGUGGCCGCCCUUCUCAUCAACUUCAGAGGCUCACUGCUUCCUCAUCUCCCAGUUCAGUUCCAUGGAUCCAGCAAUUUCCUGAUGAUUGCCCUUUUCCCCAAAUCAAAGAUCUAUCAAGCCUUUUACUCAGAGGUCUUCUCCCCCUGGCAACAGCAGGAUAACUCAGGACUUUCUUUAAAAGUGAUCCAGGAAGAUGGAUUAUCUGUGGAACAAAAGAGAUUGCACUCCUGUGCACAGAAGCUCUUCAGGGCCCUGAGCCAUCCUGCCCAGGAGUGGAGCUCUCCCAAGCUGCUUGCGGCCAAACUCCCUGAGUUGGAGCGGUUUCUCCAGCACUUUGCUGUGGGCAGCAUUGGUCAGGAGCCUGUGAUGAGGACCCAUCUUCCAGACCUGCUGCAGGAGGCUGAAAUGAGCCCUGCUCACGGAUUAGAGAGUGACAAGAUAGUGACCACCAAACACUGUGGAUUAGAGAGUGACAAGGUCAUCAUCAGCAUUAUAACUGGUCUCCCUGGCUGUCAUGCUAGCAAGCUCUGUGCUUUCCUGGUCACUCUGCAUAAGGAGUAUGGCAGAUGGAUGGUAUACCGACAAAUCAUGGACAGCUCUGAAUGUUUCCAUGCUGCCCACUUCCAAAAAUACCUUUCCAAUGCCCUGGAGGCCCAGCAGAACCACUCUGUCCGCCAGUCAGCUUACGUCCGCAAGAAGACCAGACUGCUGGUGGUAUUACAAGGUUACACAGAUGUCAUUGAUGUUGUCCAGGCCCUGCAGACUCACCCAGACCCAAACGUCAAGUCCUACUUUACCAUUGGUGCGGUCACAGCGUGUGUGGAGCCCCUGAGCUGCUACAUGGAGCACAGAUUUCUCUUUCCUAAGUGUCUUGACCAGUGUUCACAAGGCCUGGUGAAUAAUGUGGUGUUUACCAGUCACGCAAUGGAACAGAGGCACCCUCUCCUUGUCCAGCUGCAGACCCUCAUCAGGGCUGCCAAUCCUACUGCAGCCUUCAUUCUUGCAGAAAAUGGGAUUGUUACGAGGAAUGAAGACAUUGAGCUGAUUCUCUCAGAAAACAGUUUUUCAAGUCCCCAGAUGCUACGCUCUCGAUACUUAAUGUUUCCUGGCUGGUAUGAAGGCAAAUUUGAUUCCGGAUCCGUCUUUCCAUUGAUGGUUCAGAUCUGUGUAUGGUUUGAGCGUCCUCUGGAGAAAACCCGCUUUGUGACCAAGUGUAAAGCCAUUCAGUCUUCCAUCAAGCCAAGUCCCUUCUCUGGAAAUAUCUACCACAUCCUUGGCAAAGUGAAGUUUUCAGAUUCUGAAAAGACCAUGGAGGUCUGUCACAACACUUUGACCAACUCCCUGAGCAUUAUGCCAGUUUUGGAGGGACCUACUCCACCACCCAACUCAAGAAGCACACCUCAAGACAGUGGGCAGCCAGAAUGCUACCUUGUGUUCAUUGGUUGCUCCCUGAAGGAGGACAGCCUCAAGGACUGGCUUCGACAGUCAGCUAAGCAGAGGCCUCAGAGGAAAGCUCUGAAAACCAGGGGAAUGCUGACCCAGCAGGAGAUCAAGACCAUCCAUGUGAAACGCCAUUUGGAUCCCCUUCCUGCAGGCUACUUUUACAAUGGCACCCAGUUUGUUAACUUCUUUGGGGACAAGACCGAUUUUCACCCACUCAUGGACCAGUUCAUGAAUGAUUACGUGGAAGAGGCCAAUCGGGAAAUUGAGAGGUACAACCGGGAGCUGGAGCAGCAGGAAUACCGCGACCUCUUUGAGCAGAAGCCCUAAAGAAAGCUGGGCCUGUGCCCACCAGAGAUGAAUGAAUGAAUGGGUGUCCAUCUUUCCUAGGAGGCCCCUCCUGAAGGGGCUGUCUCUGUCCUCCCUGGCCUGUGCCUGCCGUGUAGUACAUGUUGUCUUUAUUCUCCCUUCUCUCUGCACCCUCAGUGGGGGCUGUGCACAGGAUGAGCAGCUCUGGUGUCUGAUGAAGCAAUCUCCCUCAGACUGCUGGGCUGAGGAGAAGCCUUUGACUUGCACAGUGAUGCUGUUGGGAUUUAGAAGGAGCCCUGGUUGCCUAAGCAGUGGCCAGGCAGAGAUCUACAAUGCCUUCUAGAUGAAAGCACUUUUGUGGGAUGAAUGGAAGCAAGAUAGGUUGCUUCCUGGAAGUGUGAUGCCCCUGCAUUAAUAGCAGCACUCCCGGGGUUGGUCUAGGUGCUGCUGUGGCAUUGCUGUGCAUUCAGAGACAAGCAGACCUGCUGCCUAAGCCCUGGCAGUCCUGGCCUCCCAGUCAAGGUGAAUAUCCCUAACUGGUUAGUCUUGGGCCCAGGGUCUAAUCGUUUGGGAGCUGUUGGUCUCUGACAUCCAGCCUCGUCACUCUUUGUCAUGGAAGGCAAUACAUUUCAGAAAACCUCCCCCCGAAACUGCCCCUGAAUUUGUUUACUUGGUUCCUGGGGACCAGGAAUUUCAAGAAUUCUGAUAUCCAAAUUAGAAUCCCCUCCAGUGUUCCAGUGUUUUUUUUUUUUUUUUAGGUUGAACCGUACAGCAAAGGUGAAUUAGUUAGCAUCCCAAGACUGACCUUCCUAAUUAGAGUGGGGAACAAGGUCACUAAAGGGGACGUCUGCUAGGAUGUGAGAGCCUCUGCUGUUUGAACUAUAAACGUUUUCUGAGUUUCUUGGACUUCUUUGCAUGCCUUAGGAAGAAGCACAUAGGUAAAGCCAGCAUCGUGUUCUGUGAUGUGGAGAGACUUUGAGGAAGGGCCCUGGCACAACAGAGAGGUACAUGGAGCUUAUGAGGCCGUGCGCUCAUAACAGAGCUCUCUGGGCAAAAAGCAAAGUAAUAAUCAAGGCUUGUCAGUGAAAUAUACUUUUAUUAGGAAAAAAGCAUUUGAACAAAUGAGCCAAAUUACAAGUACCAUUUGGAUAAGAAAUCUUGCAUUGAGAGAGAAAGGCCCAUAUGCUCCAAUCUCAGCUCCAAAAUACACUGGUGACAAGGCUCUCCUGUCGAGCUCCAGUCUGGAAAUCCCCGACUUCUGGCUGGAGUUCAGUAGCAUAGAUCUUAAGUGCAAUUGAUUAAUAAGCAAUGACUUAUCUUCACCAAGCUCUUUUUAAAAACUAAAAUUUGAGCUAGCAGCCUUAGAAAAGGGAAAGGGGACCACAAAGCUAUUUCAUUUCCUUUGGGGGUGGGGGGAGAACCACAGGCCAUUUCAUUUCCUGCAGGGUUACUGUGAAAUUUUCAAUGGAAGCUCUGGAUUAAGAGCUCUGGCUGCUCUGGCCUGGCAGUCUGGCUGCUGCACAAAGUGUUUUUAAAGAGGGGUUGGGGCCACGCUGUGUGUGAACUUGGUUUCUGACCACUGUCAUAGCAAUGUGCUUUCACCAACCUGCCCCACUGCCCCGUUCUCUCAUCAGAGGGAAAACUGAUUACCUCAACACGAUUAUAAAACUGUGGGUUUGAAGAAAAGGCGGAAUAUUCAGAAAUUCUUUGCCAGCUGAAGCCUCCAUAGAUGUUCCCAGCCUGCUCGGGAGUCUAGAGGGGCCCAGCAACCACACACUGUGAGUUCUUUGAGGACCAGGAGAGGGCCAGGCUUCUCCUGGACUGUCCCCUACAACCUGUGCGUCUCUUGACUUUGACGAUGCGAUUGGAUGAUCCACUUUGACCUUUGGGUCAAACAGUGUGGUCUGAAGCCAUCUCCUGAGGAAAAGCGUGGCUCUGUUUCAGCCUUUGAUCUUAGAAGUGGAUAGAUAGCAGGGACCCAGCAAGGGUUUUAGGGAUCAGUUCCCAGGACAGGCAAAGUCCUCCAGGGGCUUUUGUGCUUUCCACCAGCUUCCCUAGUAGCAGCUUCAGUUUUAUCACCAGAGUGAGUGUGAUAGUGGUGAAGUCACUGAAGUUAUGGGUUGUUUGUUUUAAUGUGGGAUUUCCCCUUGAUGAUUGGAGGGAGGAAGCAAAUAUAGGAGCCAGGUUGGCCCCACCAAGCCCUCAGGCUCUUGGACCUGAGGCCUGAACACUAGCCCUUUAGGCUGUGAUCAGUACAAAUGUCCCUCCUAAAUCCUGUUAGGAUUUUGGAGAAUUUUUGCACAGUAAUAAGCUCUGGCUUCUCAAAAGGGAAAAGUUCAACUCAAAGACUAAACUGUUAAGUAUUCUAGCCGUGCUGCUAACUAGUUGAUAGCUGUACCUCAAAAACUGGUGGGAGGUGGCUUUCUCACUGUCCCUCAGUCAGAUACUAAUGGAAGAGCUCCCUUACGUGCCAAAAUUCACUUUUAUACUAGUUUUUCAAUGCUUUAAUAUUUGUAACUUAAAUUUUACAAAUUCAUAUUUACAAACACUACUAUAACUUCAGUGAAACUGAACUGUGUGAUUGAAGCUUUUUGCUUAUUAUAGUAUUUAUUACACUACUUAAUUCAGUAAAUAUAUAAAAGUAGCCUUCAAUUUAUUUUUAUAUUAUUUUACAUGUUUUUACCUGCAGUUGUGUCUGUGAAUUUCCCUUGGAUAUUAAGAUGUAAUGCUAAGGACCAAUAAACUGUCACUCAACAA